AUGGCUUCUUCCAAUCUUGCCCCAGAAAUGGCUGACCUCGAGGCGCGUCGACGUCUUCACGCGUCUACGCUCUUGGGCGACUUGACUACACUUGUUCAUCUCGCGGCUGGCGCGCGAGGCCUGCUACUUGGAACACGGCUCGGACCAAGCAGCACGAGACCGCGUGGACCUGCACUUCCUUCGACCGCCACAGCAUCAGCGGCCGAGUGCCAGAGUCCACCUCACCAUCACCGAUCACAUCCAACCGACGUCAGGUGGCCCUCGUUGAUUGCGCACUAUGUGAGACGACUCCGAUUCCCACGGGAUGGGGCUUAG